AUGCAUCCGCGUUAUCCGCGGCGGCUCUGCGUGGACGGCGUCGCGGCCGCCACCUGCGGUAGUCGCGGCUCGCCGCGCGCACUGAUCACCUACGAGGUGGUCGAGACGGUGACGCGCGACGACGUCCUGCGAGUCGGUGCGGCUUGUCUGCAGCAGAACUCUCCGGAGCAGGCCAUCGAUUCGACGACGACCGCGACGGCGGACACUCCUCAGGACAGUCCACCACGGCGAACCUGCCGCAAGCCGACACCGCCAGCACGACAAGUAAUUGACGACGACGAAAUGCUCAAUAUUCUAAGUCCUGAUAUGCUUAAUAAUAUGAUGCGUAGUGUAAAGCUUAGUGGUAAGUUUUCAGUAAAGGCACAGAUUGUGGGUGUUUUUUUUCUUGCAUGCGGACAAAAUCCGUAA